GACAGCGGACUUUGGGGACGCGCUGGGCUCACCCCGGACUCGUAUCUUUCUUUUCCCACCCGGCUAUAGCCUUGGCUUCCCGACGACCCCAGCGUGGUCACAGGGCUCCCCCUGUGCCCAGGGAAAUGUUUCAAGCUUUCCCUGGAGACUACGACUCCGGAUCCCGGUGCAGCUCCUCGCCCUCCGCCGAGUCUCAGUAUCUGUCAUCGGUGGACUCCUUCGGCAGUCCACCCACCGCCGCCUCCUCCCAGGAGUGCGCCGGUCUCGGGGAAAUGCCCGGUUCCUUCGUGCCCACGGUCACCGCGAUCACAACCAGCCAGGACCUCCAGUGGCUCGUGCAACCCACCCUCAUCUCUUCCAUGGCCCAGUCCCAGGGGCAGCCACUGGCCUCCCAGCCCGUCGACCCCUAUGACAUGCCGGGGACCAGCUACUCCACACCGGGCAUGAGUGGCUACAGCAGUGGUGGAACAAGUGGCAGUGGUGGGCCUUCGACCAGUGGAGCAGCCAGCGGACCUAGGCCUGUCCGCCCAACUCGAGCCCGGCCCAGGAGAGCCCCGGAGGAGACGCUCACGCCUGAGGAAGAGGAGAAGCGAAGGGUUCGCCGGGAACGAAACAAGCUGGCAGCAGCCAAGUGCAGGAACCGCCGACGGGAGCUGACGGACCGGCUGCAGGCGGAAACAGAUCAGCUGGAGGAAGAAAAAGCCGAGCUGGAGUCUGAGAUCGCAGAGCUCCAAAAGGAGAAGGAACGUCUGGAGUUUGUGCUGGUGGCGCACAAACCGGGUUGCAAGAUCCCCUUCGAAGAGGGGCCGGGGCCUGGCCCGCUGGCGGAGGUGAGAGAUUUGCCGGGGUCCGCAUCCGCUAAGGAAGAUGGUUUCGGCUGGCUGCUGCCGCCCCCGCCACCACCGCCCCUGCCCUUCCAGACCAGCCAAGACGCAGCCCCCAACCUGACAGCUUCUCUCUUUACACACAGUGAAGUUCAAGUCCUCGGCGACCCCUUCCCUGUUGUUAACCCUUCGUACACUUCCUCGUUUGUCCUCACCUGCCCGGAGGUCUCCGCGUUCGCCGGCGCCCAACGCACCAGCGGCAGUGACCAGCCUUGCGACCCCCUGAACUCGCCCUCUCUUCUUGCUCUGUGAACCCUUUAGACAUACAAAACUUAACAAACACACGAGGGAGAGAGGUUUGAGAGUGGAGGAAGAGAGAGACAGAGCGCGAGGGGAAGAGAUACGUGGGUGAGCGGCCUUCCUGCCUCCCCCGUCUGACCCUCUGCUGCCGCUGCCAUCGGACAGGACCUCCUUGUGUUUUGUGCCACUUCUUGUUUCGGUGCCCCGGCGAGACUGGAGAGCUGGUGACUUUGGGGGCAAGUGGGGGGUGGGGUGGGGAGGGGAAAGACAGCCCUGGCCACUUACUGGCCAGCACACCUCAACUCGAUCUCUGGAGA